AUGAAGAAAAUUACACCUCUGGCUGAGGUUGCUCAUUUAGAAAUGUUGUGUAAUUUAUUGGAAUGUCUUCUUAUACCAAAGAAUGUACCUUCUGAUUGUCCUAAAGAAUGGUUCGAGAUAUACUUCGUAUUUGCGUGCAUUUGGGCUUUUGGCUCUACCAUGUUUCAGGAUCAGAUUGUGGACUACAGAAUGGAAUUCACAAAGUGGUGGACAAAUGAAUUUAAAGUUGUAAAAAUCCCUACCCAAGGCAGUGUAUUUGAUUAUGUUAUAGAUGACGAAACAAAAAAAUUUAUUCCAUGGUCAACACUCACUCGAUCCUAUGAACUAGAUUACGACAUACCUUUGCAGUCAACUUUAGUUGAUACUGCAGAAACCACAAGAUUACGAUACUUUAUGGAUUUAAUGUUGGAAAAAAAGUUGCCAAUAAUGUUGGUUGGAAGUGCAGGAUCAGGCAAGAGUGUCAUUAUAGCUGAUAAACUAUCCAGUUUAUCUGAAAAUUACAUGGUAACAAAUGUGCCUUUUAACUUUUAUACUACAUCUGAAAUGCUGCAAAAGGUAUUGGAAAAACCUCUGGAAAAAAAAGCGGGCCGGAACUACGGACCUCCUGGAACCAAGACGAUGAUUUACUUCGUGGACGAUAUGAACAUGCCUGAAGCUCUCCUAUUUUCUAUUCCCGAGUGUGUGCCGACUGUACCAUCAUUGCUCCGCCUGUGGAUUCAUGAAGCUCAACGGGUAUAUAGAGAUAAACUGGUAGACGUUGAAGACGUUGCCAUAUUUAAUAAACUCCAAGAGGACGUUGCGAGAACUGCAUGUGAAGAGGCUAAGCCAGAGGAGUUGUUUAAAACUCCUUUGAUUUAUUGUCAUUUCGCUGAAGGUAUAGGCGAAACGAAGUAUUUGCCAGUGCACACCUGGCCCCAACUAUCAAAGUUAUUAAAUGAAGCUCAGUCUCAGUAUAACGAUCUUGUAGGGGCCCUCAAUCUUGUGCUAUUUGAAGACGCCAUGGAGCAUGUUUGUCGCAUUAAUCGUAUAUUGGAAUGUCCUCGAGGGAACGCCUUACUAAUUGGAGUUGGCGGAAGUGGAAAACAAUCUCUCUCCCGACUCGCUGCGUUCAUAUCUUCACUAGAGGUUUUUCAGCUCCAGUUGAGGAAAGGUUAUGGACUUAAUGACUUGCGAGCGGAUAUUAACGUGUUGUACAUGAAAGCCGGUCUGAAAAAUACCGGAGUAAUGUACCUCAUGUCUGAUGCCCAAGUAGCAGAUGAGAAGUUUCUUGUCGUUAUAAACGAUUUAUUGGCCUCUGGAGAAAUUCCAGAAUUAUUCCAAGAUGACGAAAUCGAAAACAUUGUAAACAACAUACGCAAUGAGGUGAAAGCAGCGGGGAUUAACGACACGAAAGAAAACUGUUGGAAGUUCUUCAUUCAACGUGUCCGAGGGUUGAUGAAGGUGGUGCUGUGCUUCUCGCCGGUCGGGUCCACCCUCAGGGUGAGAGCGCGCAAGUUCCCUGCCGUGGUCAACUGCACGUCCCUCGACUGGUUCCACGCGUGGCCGCAGGUGGCUUUGGAAUCGGUGUCUGGACGCUUCGUGGAAGAAAUACCUACGUUACCUGAACACUUGAGAAGAUCCGUUUCAUUAUUUAUGGCACACGUUCACACGACAGUGGACGAGAUGUCUGGUCUUUACCUCCAAAAUGAGCGUCGUUAUAAUUACACGACCCCAAAGACGUUCUUGGAACAGAUCAAUCUCUACGGGAAACUGUUGAACUCGAAAACUGAAGAUCUAGAGAGAAGAAUCGUACGUUUAGAAAACGGUUUAGAGAAAUUGGCGAGUGCCGGCACACAGGUAGAAGGCUUGAAAGUAAAAUUAGCUGAACAGGAGGUUGUUGUUGCAGAGAAGAACGAAGCUGCAGAUAAACUUAUUCAAGUCGUUGGUAAAGAAACCGAAAUAGUUUCAAAGGAAAAAGAAUUUGUAGCAGAAGAAGAAGGCAAAGUCCGAGUAAUCGAGGAAGACGUUACCGCUAAGCAAAAAAUUUGUGAAGCCGACUUGAAGAAAGCAGAGCCUGCGCUUUUAGCUGCAAUGGAGGCUCUGAACACAUUGAACAAGAACAAUUUAACAGAAUUGAAGUCCUUUGGAUCACCUCCAGCUGCAGUAGUUAAUGUAACUGCUGCUGUCUUGGUUUUAUUUUCCCAAAAGGGAAAAAUUCCAAAAGAGAGAGGUUGGAAAGAAUGCAAAAUAAUGAUGGCAAAAGUAGAUGCAUUUCUGGACAACUUGAUAAAUUACAAGAAAGAAAAUAUACCACCAGAUGUAGUAAAAGAAACCAAAAAAUAUAUUGCUGAUCCAGAAUUUGACCCUGACAAAAUCAUUAGCAAAUCUCAAGCAGCAGCAGGUCUUUGUGCAUGGGUAAUCAACAUCAUCAAGUUCUUUGAAGUUUACGAAGUGGUAGAACCCAAAAGGCAAGCCUUAGCCCAAGCCAAUGACGAUCUUGCUGCUGCCCGAGCGAAAUUAGAAACACUCACUUCUCGAAUUAGGGAAUUGGAACAUAAGUUAGGAUUACUGACAGCUGAUUUUGAAGCUGCAGUUGCCGCAAAAGUUAGAUGCCAGCAAGAAGCCGAUGCAACUGCUCUUACUAUCGAUCUAGCAAAUCGAUUAGUAAAUGGACUCGCUUCUGAAAACAUACGAUGGAGAAACAGUGUAGCUGAUCUAAAGACCAGUGGCAUCACCCUUCCAGGAGACGUUCUUCUUGUAACUGCGUUUAUAUCUUAUGUUGGCUGUUUUACUCGGCAGUAUCGUCUUGAUCUAUUGAACAACAAAUGGAAACCCUUUUUUCAAACGCUAAAAGAGCCUAUUCCUCUAACGGAAGGUAUGGAUCCGUUGUCUAUGCUUACGGAUGACGCUCAGAUUGCAAAGUGGAACAACGAAGGUUUGCCUGCUGAUCGCAUGUCAUCUGAAAAUGCUACAAUUCUCACAAAUUCGGACCGAUGGCCUCUUAUGAUUGAUCCACAAUUACAAGGCAUAAAGUGGAUAAAACAAAGAUACGGAAAGGAUCUGAAGGUGGUCAGACUUGGUCAUAAAAAUUAUCUUGAUGUAAUAGAAAACAGUAUAACCAAUGGAUUUAUUGUCCUCAUUGAAAAUAUUGGUGAAUCCGUGGAUGCUGUUUUGGAUCCUGUGCUCGGCCGCAAUCUCGUGAGAAAGGGAAGGGCGAUAAAAAUGGGAGACAAAGAAAUUGACUAUAAUCCCGAUUUCCGCCUAAUUUUGCAUACUAAACUGGCAAAUCCACAUUAUAAGCCAGAAAUGCAAGCGCAGACAACAUUAAUAAACUUUACUGUAACACGCGACGGUCUGGAAGAACAGCUUUUGGGAGAGGUAGUAAAAGCUGAAAGACCGGAUUUAGAAAGAUUAAAAUCUAACCUGACAAAACAGCAAAAUAUUUUCAAAAUUACUCUCGCCGAACUGGAGGAUGAUUUAUUGGCUAGAUUGGCUGCCGCCGGUGAAGACAUUCUUAGUGAUAAAAAUUUAGUGAUUAACUUGGAAACUACAAAGAAAACGUCCGCUGAAAUUGAAGUAAAAGUUAUAGAAGCAAAGCAGACGGCCAUCGAAUUGGAUCAAGCUCGAGAAGAAUACAGACCUGCUGCUACAAGAGGAUCACUUUUGUAUUUUAUAUUAAAUGAACUGAACAAGAUAAAUCCCAUUUACCAGUUUUCUCUCAAAGCGUUCAAUGUUGUGUUUAAAAACGCAUUAUCAACAGCUGAAGCUGCUGAGAGGCUUGUUGAUCGCCUUCCAAACCUUCUUGAUAGCAUUACAUUUUGCGUAUUCAUGUACACCAACAGAGGAUUAUUUGAACGAGAUAAAUUGAUUUUCAUGUCACAAAUGACUAUUCAAAUUUUAGUUCACAAGAAAGAAAUACCUCCUAGUGAACUCGAUUUCUUGCUGAGAUUUCCAAUUACACCUAGUGGUGAGAGCCCUGUUGAUUUUCUCACGAGCCUUAGCUGGGGUGGUAUCAAAACACUUGUUACAAUAGAGGAUUUUCAUAAUCUCGAUCGUGAUAUUGAAGGAUCGGCUAAAACUUGGAAAAAGUUUGUAGACUCUGAAUGUCCAGAAAAAGAAAAGUUUCCCCAAGAGUGGAAAAAUAAAACUUCUUUUCAAAAACUGUGCAUGAUGAGAGCACUUCGGGCAGACAGAAUGACGUACGCCAUUAAAGGAUUCAUAGAGGAGAAACUCGGUACGAAGUUCACCGAAGCCCGUACUCCAGAGUUUGCAAAGUCUUUUCAAGAGACAAGUUCAUCAACUCCUGUGUUUUUCAUUCUGUCUCCUGGUGUAGAUCCUUUAAAAGAUGUUGAGAAAUUAGGCAAAAAGUUAGGCUUUACUUUUGAUCGGAGAAACUUCCACAAUGUCUCCUUGGGUCAAGGUCAAGAACCUGUUGCAGAGGAUUCAAUGGAUGUAGCUUCUAAGAAAGGUCACUGGGUGAUAUUACAGAAUAUUCACUUGGUUGCAAAAUGGCUUCCCACACUUGAAAAGAAAAUGGAACAAUGCUCUCUGAAGGCACAUAAAAAAUAUCGCCUUUACCUCAGCGCAGAGCCCGCUGGAGAUCCUUCUGCCCAUGUUAUACCUCAGGGGAUUCUUGAGUCCUCCAUUAAAAUUACAAACGAGCCUCCAACGGGCAUGCUGGCCAAUAUUCACAAGGCUCUUGACAAUUUCAAUCAAGACACACUUGAGAUGUGUUCCAAGGAAGCUGAAUUUAAGGCUAUACUUUUCUCCUUGUGUUACUUUCAUGCUGUUAUUGCAGAGCGAAGAAAGUUUGGACCACAAGGUUGGAAUCGAGGGUAUCCAUUCAAUGUAGGCGACUUAACAAUCAGUGUACACGUUCUCUACAAUUACUUGGAAGCCUCCUCAACUGUACCAUGGGAAGAUUUACGCUAUUUGUUUGGUGAAAUUAUGUACGGAGGUCAUAUUACUGAUGACUGGGAUAGGCGAUUGUGUCGUACUUACCUUGCAGAAUACAUGAGCCCCACACUUCUGGACGGAGACCUUCUGCUUGCUCCUGGCUUUCCAGCGCCUCCCAAUAUUGAUUAUGUGGGUUACCAUAUGUACGUUGAUGGAAAACUUCCACCUGAAUCUCCAUACUUGUAUGGACUACACCCUAAUGCAGAAAUCGGUUUUUUGACCACAACUUCAGAAACUCUUUUUCGAACUUUGUUUGAGUUGCAACCUCGAGACGCAGGGGCUGGAGCUGGAGGAAUGGAGUCUAAGGAUGACAAGAUAAGAUCACUGUUAGAAGAAUAUUUAGACAGAAUUCCAGAACUUUUUAAUAUGGUAGAUAUCAUGGCCCGAACAGAAGAAAGAACGCCAUAUAUCAUUGUCGCAUUUCAAGAAUGUGAAAGAAUGAAUAUUCUUGUCAGAGAAAUAUCACGUACUUUACAUGAGUUAUUCUUAGGUUUGAAGGGUGAACUGACUAUCACACCAGAGAUGGAAGGCCUCCAAGAAUCUCUCUUUAUUGAUGCAGUUCCUGAUUCUUGGUCAAGUAAGGCAUACCCAUCAAUGUUUACUCUAGGUCCAUGGUUUGCAGAUUUGCAAACACGAUACAGAGAAUUGGAAAAUUGGUCAGGAGAUUUUAAUCUUCCCUCUUCAGUUUGGCUAGGAGGAUUCUUCAACCCUCAGUCCUUCCUCACUGCUAUUAUGCAAUCAACAGCUCGAAAAAAUGAAUGGCCUUUAGACAAAAUGUGCUUGUAUUGUGAUGUAACAAAGAAAUUCAAGGAAGACAUAACUGCAGCUCCAAGAGAAGGUGCUUUUAUUAAUGGAUUAUUUAUGGAAGGAGCACGAUGGGACACUAAAUUGGGUAGUAUAGCAGAAUCCAAACUAAAGGAAUUAUAUCCUCUCGUGCCUGUCAUAUUCAUCAAAGCUAUCACCCAGGACAAACAAGAUCUGAAGAACAUGUAUCAAUGUCCGGUUUACAAGACAAAAACGAGAGGACCCACCUAUGUGUGGACCUUCAAUCUGAAAACAAAAGAGCGUGAGUCCAAGUGGACCCUUGCUGGUGUAGCAAUUUUAUUGCAGGUGUAAAUAAUAUAAUUUAACCUUGGUAUGACUUUUCUUAUGCAUUUUGCACUUCCUAUAUAAAUAUAUACUGUAUUGUGUACAUAAUCCAA